ACUUUCACUUGCUACUCUUUUUGUUGACUUUGCGACAAGAUAUUGUACCAAGUCAUCUCAUUCAACAUAUGUUUUAUUUUGUUAGGGUUAAUAAGCCCUACUGCCAGUGACGGCUAAGGAGGAAGUGUGGAGAACACAAAAUGGCAAGUAGGGCUCCUCCCUCCCUCGGGGAGACCCACCAUCGGUCAGAGAUGAAGAUUGUGCUAAUUGGGGGAAGACAGAUGUGGGAUAUAGAAGCCAGCGGGAAGAGUUCAAUAGGAAACACCAUCCUGGGCAUAGACAUCUUUGAGACGGGAAGAAGAACUGCCCAAUGUGUGAGCGGACAACGGUAUGUGUAUGGGAGGCAGAUAACUUUGAUUGACACCCCAGGCUGGUGGUGGGGUUAUCCUGUAGAUAAUACUCCCAAAUUGGAUCAAUUGGAAAUCAUGAGAAGUGUAUAUCUAUGUCAUCCUGGACCCCAAGCCUUUCUCUUGGUCAUUCCCGUGGACACCGUUUUUCCCGACAUAUUCAAAAGAUCGUUACAGGAACACCUGGAGCUAUUCAAUGAAAGACUCUGGAGACACACUAUCGUGCUGUUUAGUACAAUCACUCCCCCCAAUGACAUAAGUUUACAGAAACACAUAGGAGAUUGGCCGGAUCUUCAUUGGCUUAUUAAGAAGUGUGGGAACAGGUAUCAUGUUCUGAAUAUCAAUAACAGGGGUGAUGACACCCAGGUCACAGAGCUGCUGGAGAAGAUAGAAGAAAUGGUGGCAGGAAACGAUGGCAAUCAUUAUGAGACAGACCAAGCUCUGUCUGAAGAGCUGGAAGAGAAGAGAUUAGCAGUGAAUGAAGUAGCCAAACAGAUGAUGGCUAAGGUACAGAAACAAAGGACCAGACUCAGAGCGCUGAUCAAAGGAGAGGCAACUAGCCCAACAUACCUCAGGCUUGUGAUUGUUGGGGCACAAUGGGCUGCCAGGAGCUCAGCAGGAAACACCAUUCUGGGGGAAGGUGUGUUUGAUGUUGCUGAUAAUACAAGAAGAACAGUGCACUGUGUGACAAGACAUGGUGAAGUAGCAGGGAGGCAGCUUACGGUGGUUGACACACCAGGCUGGCACUACAAUAGUUCUCUACAGAACACCUCCAAGAUGGAUAGAUUUGAGAUAGUGCACAGUGUGUUUCAAUGUCCUCCAGGACCUCAUGCGGUCCUUCUGGUGGUUCCCUUUGCAACAGCAUUCAACAAAUCAUAUAAAAGAGCUGUUGAGGAGCACAUGGGUCUCCUCACAGAUGCAGUCUGGAAGCACACGAUUGUGCUCUUCACACGAGGAGACUGGCUGGGAGACACAACUGUUGAGCAGCGCAUUGCGAGUGAAGGGAAGGGUCUUCAGUGGCUCAUUGAGAAAUGUGGUAACAGAUACCAUGUUUUUGACAACAAGAAUCGAAGUGAUGAAACACAGGUAACCGAGCUGCUGGAGAAAGUAGAGGAGAUGGUGGCAGAAAACAGAGGUUGUUCUUAUGAAAUUGACAGAGAUGUUUCAGCAGACUUGGAACAGAAAAAGAGGGCCGGAAAAGAAAGAGCUCAAAAGAUCACGAUGAAGGUGCAGAGACAAAUGACGACACUCAGAGAACUGUUUAAAGGGGAGGAACAAAUAUUCUCUGAGGAUGAGUUGAGAAUUGUACUUGUUGGGAGAAGAGAGGCUGGGAAGAGUGUGGCAGGAAACACAAUACUGGUUGGAGAGUUGUUUCCGACAGCUUUGACCAAGGAAUUCAGAAUUCAAAACAGAACUAUGCAGUGUGUAAUGCAACAAAAGAGAGUUGCUGGGAUGAAGCUCAAAGUUGUAGAUACACCAGGCUGGUGGAAGAGAACCCCACAGGAUGCACGAGAUUGGGUUCAAGAUGAAGUGGUGCGCAGUGUUUCUCUCUGUCCACCUGGCCCCCAUGCUUUUCUUCUGGUCAUUCCCAUUUCUGCACCAUUUUCAGAGGGAGACCUCAAAGCAGUAGAGGAGCACCUUGGGCUAUUAACUGAGAAAGUCUGGAGACACACAAUGGUGCUGUUCACCUGGGGAGAUUGGCUAGGAGACAGAGCCAUUGAGGAAUAUAUUGAGAGAGAAGGAGAGGCACUCCAACAACUUGUUGAAAAAUGUGGGAACAGGUAUCAUGUAAUGAACUGCCAUGGCUGGGAUGAUGGCUCUCAGGUCACAACACUGUUGAGGAAGGUAAAGGAGAUGGUUGUACGUAACAAAGGGCGCAAUUUCACUAUUGAACAGAAGAGUAGGCAGAAGCCAAUGCUUCACUGGUUAGCAGGAAAGGGCAUGAUGACUGAAGAGGAAUGGAACAGGAGAGAAGAGGAACUCAUAGAGCGGAUGUUGAAGGCAGUGGUGGUAGAACCAGAGGAAUCCAAACUGCCAUUUGUACAGGGGAAGAAUAGCAUUGAUUUCUUCAUCCCCAGCAUGAGCUGUGAGACUCCCUCUGAAGUUGGGAGUUCCUACAUAAAUUAUGGAGCACAUGCCAAGGUGUCUGAAUGGAGAGUGAAGUAUGCUGGGAGAUCUGCUGCAUCCUCUGGGCACGGCACUAUGAGUUCAGCAGUCAGUUACAUGGGCGAAUCUCUGGACCAAUGGGAGAAUCUAGUCAAGGAGAGUCUGGGGGAUGGCAAGAUAAGGGCAAGGAUGUUGGAUAGUCCUGCAAAGUCAGAGGCCCAGACUUAUGGGGUGAAAACCAAACGUAGGAAUUCACAUUGAGCAUAGUUCAAAAUAACAAUACUAAGAGUAAGAAAGUAAUACCUACUUUUGAGAAAAUACAUAACACAUGUACUGUUCUUGGAGCAGCUCUUGCCUUGGCUUGACACAUCUGUGGCAUAAUAUCAGGACCUCAUCCGAGGAUUGCCAUAAACAAGUUCAAUGAAGAAAGAAAAUUCUAGCAGGAUAUUUCAGCUUUGUCAUGGGAGUUUGUUGAUGUUCUUCUUUUUAGAUAAAGACGGUCGCAGAUUAUUUGUAUCUUUCCAUGAAUUUGUGUACAUAUACCCUGAGUGUACAAAACAUUAGGAACAUCUGCUCUUGCUUUCACCAGGAGAAUCCAGGGGAAAGCUGUGAUCCCUUAUUGAUGUCACUUGUUAAAUCUGCUUAAAUGAGUGUAGAUGAUCAGUAGGAGACAGGUAAAGAAGGAUUUUUAAGCCAUUUUGUGCCAUUCAGAAUGGGCAAGACAAAAGAUUUAAGUGCCUUUGAACGGGCAUGGUAGUAGGUGCCAGGCACACCGGUUUAUGUGAAGAACUGCAACACUGCUGGGUUUUUUAUGCUUAAGAGCUUCCCAUGUGUAUCAAGAAUGGUUCACCACCCAAAGGACAUCCAGCCAACUUCACACAACUGUGGGAAGCAUUGGAGACAACAUGGGCCAGCAUCCCUGUGGAACACUUUCGACACCUUGCAGAGUCCAUGCCCCAACGAAUUGAGGCUGUUCUGAGGGCAAAAGAGGGUGCAACUCAAUAUUAGGAAGGUGUUCCUAAUCUUAGGUAUACUCAGUGUACAUUAUCAAGUCAAACCAAUUAACCAAUGAUAUGUUGAACAGAUAUGUACUAUUAUGACUCUUUCAACAUGCCACUGAAAAGAUUGAGAGCUGCAAUUAAUUGUGUACCUAAUGUUUUGUACACUCAGUGUAUGUUGACAGAGAUGGGCAGUAUUUCUGUUACAUGAAUUUGAAAUACGUAUUUCAAUUAACUUUGUGUAUUCCGUAAUUUAUAUUUCACUGGCCUGAACAAAAAUUAGAUGCGUUUUGUAACAAUACACUUUAGAGACCUGUAUUUUUGUAUUUUCAAAAUAUAAAAUACUUCUCUAUUAAAAAAAUGUUUAUCCACAACUUUGUGGCCCUAAAUGUAAAUGAGCACUUGCAAAGUACACAUGGUAUUAUUUUAAUGAGCCACCCUAAAAUCUGUCUGUGCAAAAGUACAGCGUUAAUCAGUGGAAGUGGGGAUUUUUUGCAUGGAGGUCUAUGAGAGAGAGUCGAAUUUGGUCAAAAUAAAAUAUAAUUGCUAAUUUGCUAUGUGAGGCUUAUUUGAUCGAAUAUGCGUUUUUUUAUGUGUAGGUUCUACAAAAUGUACUUAUAAACAGUCAGGUUCACAAUUAUUGGCACCCUUGAUAAAGAUGAGCAAAAAAGACUGUAUGAACUAAAUAAUACAAAUACUGAAGCAAAAAAAGAAAGAAAUUAUAUUAUUUGAAAGUAAUACAAUUGCUCAGAAUUUUUUGUUGUUGUUGUAAUAUAGUAAUAAAAAAAUGUAAAAAAGAUGACGUUCAAAAUGAUUGCCACCCCUGUUUUCAAUGCUUUCAAUACCGCACCUUGCGAGGAUAAUGGCACUGAGCAUUUUUAUCAAAUGUUUUCUGAGAUUGGAGAACACAUUGGGAGGGAUAUUAGACCAUUCCUUUAUGGGGAUCUUUCUAGAUCCUUGAUAUCCAUCAUCUGGUCUUAUGAACUUCCCCACGGGGGCUGUGUGUUUGUUUGAGUGAGAAAGGCUGAGCAGAACCAAACAGUAAAAAAUCACAUCCCCUUUAUUAUCGAUGCAUCGUGCAGACAACAUCAAAAUAACCUUUCCAGAUUCUGAAGUCAGGAAACUUCGAGUUAGGUGUUAGCCAGACUAGAGGAAACCAGGUUUUGGCUAAAAUGUCCUAGGUACUUGGUAAAGUUCAUGAUGCUGCUGACCUUAACAUGGGCCCCAGGAUCAGUGGAGGCAAAAUAGCCCCAUAACAUAACAGAUCCAUAUGUUUCAGUUUUUCGACACCAAACCUACCACUGGUGUGUGUGGCUAAAGAGGUUUAUUUUCAUGUCAUCUGACCAUAGCACCAGUUUCAAUCCAAGUGCCAAUGCCGUUUAGCACUCCAGGCGGUGCUAUGGUCAGAUGAUAUGAAAAUAGAGCUCUUUGACCACACACACUAGUGGUGGGUUUGUUAAAAUACAAAUUGUUUGGGGGCAGAGCUCAUUAGAAUAGUACUCAGUGUGCUUUGCACAUUUACAUUUAGGUAAUUUAGCAGACGCUCUUAUUAAGAGCAACUAAGGUCGAUAAACAACCACAUAAAACAGUCAUAACAAGUCAAAAGUUUAUGUAACCGUUACUGAGAAUGUAGUUGUAGUUAGGGGGCUACUUGCAGAUGUAUUUUUGGUGUUUUAGUUAAAUACAUUACUUGGCAAAAGUAUUUGGUAUUUUAUUUUGAUACAUUGGUCUACAGGAUCCUUUGUAACAAGAUACAAUUCGAUGUAUCUUUGCCCAUUUCUUUAUAUUUAUUGUUGUUUUUUACGUCCCUUUUGUAUGGUGUUUUGGACCAAAUGACAAACUUUUUGGGAUAAUAAAGUUAAAGAUAUGCUCUGGAACUUUGGAGACUACUAAGUAUUUUUUAAACCUCUCGCUUUGGGCUGGAUGUGUCAAUGUGUAGUUCAUACAUGCAUCAUCUAUGAGCAGAAGGACUGUCUAACCUCCAUUUAAAAGUAGUCAAUUUCUUCUACUUCUAUGAGUUGGUAAACAAACUGAAAGGGUGUACACUGCUACCGCGAGUGUGUUGUCUGAACAGACAAAAAGCCAAGGUUGGUGAUUUACUGCCAUCUGCAGAUAUGGAAUCCCUUUCUCUCACAUGUAGAGUGGACACCACCAGAGGGAACUGUGGCCUUUCCUCAAUUGGAUUUUAUCGACUCAUCGCGUCAUCUCCUCCCAUCCUUUCCUCUCCUCAGUGAGGAAGUGAGGAAAGGAAACGUGGAAACAAAGGCGCUUGUAAGAAAUGAGACUCAUUCUCCACUAGCAAAUUAUGUUCAUAGGGGUGGAAUCCCAAAAUACAUGUGUAAAGUGGUAAAAAGAAGUGCAGCUGGUAGUGCUAUACAUUUUAUAUAUAAAUGGAUAAUUAGCGGAUAAUUUUUAAGUGUGUGCAAGCAUGCUUUUCUCCUCUGAGAAACAACAGCCGUUUGCAGGGGGUGUGGCUGAUUUCAAAAGUCUUCUACAGUAGGAUACACCUGAGCAUCCUCCACCGGAGGAGGCAAUUGAAGAGAGUAGGAAAAUCCUUCAUUCGCCUAAUAACGAAUUGACACUCUCCUACAUUUGUCAACCACUUUUCAGUUUUCGGGUCACUGAGGAUUUUAUCCAAUUGAGAAAAGGCCUAUGGGUCUAUCCUCCCUAUCAGUAAGCUUAAGCCCUUCCCCAUCCACUAUCCCACCUACUCUGAUUAAGGACAUUGACGACCGGAACGUCAUGUUUUUAAUAGUUGCAUAAAUAAAAUAUCAAGUUUCUAAUAGUGAGCAAGCACUGCGCCUGUUUGUGCUGAAAGUGAUAACCCUUUCUGCUUUACUUCUGUAUCUAGUCCCAUACUGUUUUAAUUUAAUCUACCAGAUCCCUUUUAGGAUGAUUUUUGAUUUACGAAUAUUGAUACAUUUGAAUGAUUGAUUGAUUAAGUGUCGAAAGUAAACAAAAUAUCCCAAAACUGCCUUCAUAAAUCAACUACAGCCAAGGUAGAAGGAAAAUCGUGUUAGUUUGUAUUCUGAGUAAACUAUCUCUUUAAAGAUGAUGUAGUGUGAGUUUGAAACAAUAACACUUACCCUCAGAUUCCAAGUUGUUUUUGCUAAGCAACAUUUGCAAAUGGUUUUGAAUUACUCUACAGUAUUUUCUGGUAUCAUAAAAUUCAUUGCAGCACUCAACCUUUUCAGUGGCAUGUUGAAAGAGUUAUACAGUAGAUGAGAGUCACAUACAAUUAACAUAUCAUUGGUUAAUUGGUUUGCCUUGAUAAUGUACUCCUGGGGCAAUGGACGUUCAGGAGAACAUUUAUAGAAUGUUAACAUAGAAAUGUAUUGUGUAGAUCAAAUAUGACAAUAUGAUUGGAAUAGUAUAGGAGAUUGUGUAUGCUCUAUUCAUGAUAGUUCAUGUUCAACAUGCUGUUCCAGAUACAGCCCUACCAUUAAUUGAAGACAGCCAAUCCAAUAGUUUCUGAAAAGUAGUCACUUCCUGAGAUCUGCAUUAAAAUAAAUUGUUUAGGUAGUUGCUUUGUCGGAUCUGUUUUCAAAUGGGUCAAUAAGUAUUCAACCCCUUUCUUAUGGUAAGCCUAAAUAAGUUCAAGCCUAAGUUCAAGCAUAAGAGCGCAUAAGAGCGUCUGCUAAAUUACGUAAAUGUAAGUAACAAGUCACAUAAUACGUUGCAUGGAGAAAACUGAGGAUGGAUCAACAACAUUGUAGUUAUUCCAAUAUCCACAAUACUAACCUAAUUGACAGACU